AGUGCCAUUACUAAUCACAUAAACGGACUUUUCUAAAACUAUAGACUGUCUUGUCUGUGGUAUGCCUUUGACAGAUUUUAAGUGUCAAAAUAUAACCACAGACUAAAUUCUUUUUAACAUUUUCCUUCUCGACACCGGUGAAGUGCACUUGUACUAAACAUGGGGAAGGGUAAUAAUAUGAUACCCAAUGGCCAUUUCCAUAAGGAUUGGCAACGAUUUGUUAAGACUUGGUUUAAUCAACCUGCAAGACGUCACCGCAGAAAACAGAACAGGAUCAAGAAAGCCAAGGCUAUUGCUCCUCGUCCUGCUGCCGGACCGCUAAGACCUGUCGUUCGUUGCCCUACCAUUCGGUACCACACGAAGGUUCGUGCUGGUCGUGGUUUUACUCUGCGGGAAAUCAGGGCUGCUGGUUUAAACCCUGCUUUCGCCAGAACCAUUGGUGUUGCAGUUGAUCCACGCAGGCGCAAUAAGUCUGUUGAGUCUUUACAAGUUAAUGUUCAGAGGCUCAAAGAAUACCGUGCGCGACUGAUUUUGUUCCCGAAGGGCAAGAAGGUAUUGAAGGGUGAAGCAAAUGAAGAAGAACGCAAAUUGGCCACUCAGCUCCGUGGACCAUUAAUGCCUGUACAACAGCCAGCUCCUAAGUCUAUUGCUCGUGCUAUCACAGAGGAAGAAAAAGACUUCAAAGCAUACCAGUAUCUUAGAGGAGCUCGUUCAAUUGCCAAGCUGGUCGGCAUUCGCGCCAAGCGUUUGAAGGACGCUGCCGAAAAUCCUGAUGACGUCACUAAAGCUCCUACUGCUGUAAAAGAAACUAAGCCUAAGAAGUGAUGUAAUCAAUAAAUGUAUAAGUAAAUGA